AAAGAAAGCGAACAGACAGACAGAAGAAGCAGCAGAAGAAGAAGGGGAGGACGAAGCAGUGAGGAAGAGUCAGAGUGCACGAGCGACAGACACGGAGGAAAGUGGAUCAUCAUCCUCAUUCAUACUCCUCUUGUUGUCGCCGUUAUUGUUGAUAUUGGCAGGUCCGAGGCCAAGACUAAGACCAAGAGCUAAAGGGAAAGCAGGGGAAGAAGCAAGAGAGCGAGAGAGAGAGAGCGCGAGAGAGGGAUAAUCUAGAGCAUGUAGCCAGGAAGAGAGGGAGAGAAAGGUGACAUAUCUCAUGCGGGAAGGAAGGAGGGUAUCUAAGGUUGCGGCAACGAGGCAAUGAAGAAGAAUUGGUGUGUUGUUGCCAGUCAAAGUGCUCGAGCUUUUCAGAAGGAUAUUACAUUUAUUUGAAAGCAGGCAAUUUUCUUUCAAAUGUAUUGGGCAGUAUAUACCCUAAAACAUAGCCUAUGAUUUAUCUUGAGGCAUUGGCAUGUGAGGACUUUUGGAUUCUGGACUCUGAUGCUUGUGCCGGGCGAGGGCAGGGGAGCAUAAACACGGGAUUGUCGGAUGUCAUGAGAAUCCCGUUGUCGAGAACGCGGAUGCAAAAGUGACGGCUCCUGUUUUGCAUCGAAGCCUCUGCAGGGGGACCUCAUCCGUAGAUGAAGGGAUUGUUGUUAUGGGGCAGGAGUUGAGAACUGUGUAACAGAGCCGGUGUUAUUAAGGCCAUUGCUUGUUUGUUACACUUCGUGCUCUGGCGCCGUUUUGGAGUCGGAUGUAUAUUUGUGUAUUUGAGAACUCAAACCAAUACAAUGACGCGGGUUGUAGUGCAACGGGGAGGGUUGUCGAAUCAAACGCCGUCUCGGCCUCCUUCAAAUUCUGCCUCAGUUACUCCCUCUGCAACAGCCUCUUCCUCGACAACGCUGCCUCUUAGUUCGCAAUCACCUGCUUUGUCAGUGCCAUCAUCCUAUACAGUUCUCUCUUCAUCUUUAUCCUUGGUAUCAGGGGACGAAUCUCCUGAUAUCCCAGGAAGCGAACCUCAAAAUUUUGACGGGGAGCUCUAUUCUUCAAACCUUACUGGUGCAAGUGUAAAAAAUGCAGCUUAUGCUGUUCCUGUGGAUACAAGAGUAACUAGCGAGUUUGAAGCUGCGGCGAGUCGAAGUCAAUCUGCUUGUAAUUUAGAAAUUCGCAGAGAGGAAGCAGCAGACGAGAAAGAGGAGAACCUGGUUCGGCAGGCACAGCAUGUCUCGGUUGUGGGCAAAAACUUAGAGGCUAGUGAAUCGUAUCUGAAUGGAACGGAUUCAGGUCGUGGAAUCAACUCUGAUGGAGAGGAACAACUAAAGCCGUUUGACACCAUACGAAAAGAACCAUUGUUGGAGGAGUUGUCUCGAUCAUCAGAAGCAAACAGCAGAAAGCAACCUGGCAGAAUAUUUCGAGGUCAACUCAAUUCUUCUGCCAGACAGAAUACAGCGUCAUGUAACUUAACCUCUCAUCUUGUACCAAGUUCUAUGCCCCUGCCUUCUUCUACAUCCCAUUCUCCUUCAAACCUGCAACCUGUUAGUCACAUACCUGCGUCAUUACCUCCUGUCCAUCCUCCAUCAGCUGCAUCCUGUGACACACCUCCUAUGUCAAGAACCCACGAAGAGAACGAUCCAGGAAGACCUCCAAGCUCAUUCAUGACUUCAGACCCUGUUGGAUGUUCAUAUGCUUCAGCACCUAUCCCUCUAGCCCCGCCAGCCCCCUUAACACCUGUUUCAUUACGAAGAAGUGGUUGGGUGGGAAGCUCCGCCUUAAGUGCGAAUCGAGGGCCUUCUUCUCGUAGGAUUCCGCGAGGUUUGAAGGGCACCCGCAGUUCUCCAAACAGCUCUCGGCCCACGUCUCCUCGGUCUUACGGAGAAGGAGAUGGCUACAACAGUGCUGACGAACAAAGUCCCUGGACUCCUGGCACCUCCGGCUAUGAGGACUGUAUGGAAAGAGAACGUCAGUUUGUGAUCGAGCUUCGUCGUGUGAAAGGACUUGAAGUCAGGCACAUGGCGGAGGAUGGGAACUGCCUCUUCAGAGCUGUAGCAGAUCGUGUGUAUGGAGACGCUGAGAUGUAUGAUGAGACUCGGCAGAUGUGCAUUGACUACAUGGAGAAAGAGAGGGAUCACUUCUCUCAAUUUGUGACCGAGAGCUUCACAGCUUAUUGCAAAAGAAAGCGCAGGGAUAAGGUAUAUGGGAAUAAUUUGGAAAUACAAGCAAUGGCGGAGAUUUAUAAUCGGCCCAUUCACAUCUAUUCAUAUAGUGCAGAACCCAUAAAUAUCUUUCAUGGAAGCUAUGAGACCGAUUUACCUCCUAUACGCUUGAGCUAUCAUCGUGGGAACCACUAUAAUGCUAUCGUCGAUCCAUGCAAUCCAGCUGUUGGAGCAGGGCUUGGUUUCGGUAGUUUGCGAGGGCGAAAUGUAGACACUGAACAGGUGAAGGCCGCGCUUAACGCCCAGCAAGAGUUACAGAUAGACAAGGUUCUACUUGCAGAAGGGCGGUACUAUUCUGACAUGGAAUUAACCGAGCAAGAGAUAGAACGCAUGGUGAUCGAAGAAUCCCGUGCGGAGUACUUGGCAGGGGAACAUCGUCGAAUACAUAACGUCUGGCAUGAGGAAACUUCUUCAUCAGCAGGAGCAGAGCCUUCUUCUUCUAGAACAAUUGGUAGUCCCAGAAACUCGAGCGAUGUGAUGGUUUCUGGACAAGGUUCCAACAGACGACCCGCCUCACGUUCUCCUAGCCUUCCAGCGACCUCUACGCCAAGUGAAAGUAGUGUGCUGCCAGAGAACGUUCGAAUGCUGCUCUCUAUGGGAUUCAGCUAUUUGCGAGUAAUGGAAGCCUACAGCAUCUUUGGGGACAACAUCAAUGACAUGCUGUGCUAUUUAUUAGAGACUGAACCUCAUAGCUCUGGCGUUGGGGAAAACAUAAGAAGAAAGGGGAAAGCUGCUGAAUGAAGUUUGACUCUGCACUUCUAUGAAAACGUGAUUAUGUUGUUAGAGGCUUAUUUGUAAUCAAAUUACAGUUCCCUUACACUAGUCCAUGCUGAGAGUGGGUGAGUCCACUUACUCGAAUAUAUAUGAUCAAAAUAUCCAUAUGUUGUCAUCUCUGCUGUUCGUGACAUCAAACCUACCGAACGAACUCGCUGACAUUCACAUGGGAAUGUCGAUUCUAGUCUGUUUGUUGAUGUUGGCGCCUGUUUUCAAAUUUUUUGGCUUUGUCCAAUAGUGGAGAUUGGGAUUGUAGAAACUUGACUCAACAUGGCCAGUGUGUUUGUAAUGACCAUAGGUUGAAUACAUAAUUUUAAAAAUUAAUUUCUACUCA